AUGGAGUAUUAUCAUGAUUUAGGAACAGUACUUCAGCCUUCAACCAAUGUCAAUUGGUGGGUAGUAUUAACAGAUGCCACAGAUUCAGCAGAUGCAAUGUACUCUACAGGUGUUUACAUUGAUAGUACAAUGGCUGAUGUCGAAAGUUUUACUGAUGGUCAAUUCAAAGAGCUUAUUACUAGACAAAUUAAAGUUGCAAGUGAUAGAAACAAAGUUUUUGUAGACGCUUUAUUAGCUGCUGGUGAGAGACCCGAUUGUGGUGACCUCGCAACCAAAGGUCUAGUACAUCAAAAUGGUUCCAUGAAAUUAAAGCUGAUAGAGGAGGAAAUGGUUUCACAAAAUACGCUCUUGGACAAGAUUGAUAUAGAUGCCAAGACUGGAUAUUUUAUAUCCCACUCGAUGAGAAUUCCUGGUAAUACUGGUAGAGAACUUGGAAAAGUUUAUGAUCCCUUUUUACUCAACAAAGGCAAAGGAACGACACCAAACCAUUCUCAACACUCGAUUUGUAUCAACGUUAACGCAGACGAGCUUAAAUCAAUGCUUAAAAUGUGGACCCUUACUCGUCCACAACUUAUAAACUCUAAUCUUUUAUGCCUUCUUUUUCCAAUGGAUGAUGAAUCAGCAGAGUCACAAGGAUGUGACACACAAUGGAGAGCUUACGUAAAUACAAAAGGAGCUGGUAAAACCUUGACCGAUAUUAAAACAAUGUUGGCUGAUAGUAAAGCAUAUGAAAUUACAAAAAAACACUGUAUGUAUAAUGAGGGAACAAAUGCUUGGAAAGAACUUACCAGUGCUGGACUAAGCUUUAAAGUUCAUGGAUUUUUAUCAAGAUCUUUAAAUGGUUGUAAUAUUGGUACCCCAUAUCAAUAUAUGAAACAUCUAAUGUCACAGAAAGAUUCAAAAAUAUCUAAAUGCUUAGAAAAUUCCGCGAACCGUGACUAUUGUCAUCCAGCAGAGCUUAUUGAUAACAAAGGAAAAAAGAGGGUCAUGUCAAAUACACUGGACGACAAUUUCAACCAGAUUUGCACUUUAAAAGAUGUUGGAUUGGAUCAAUAUUUGGUUCUGGCUCAAGAUUAUAAUGAGAAAUUUAUUGUUUCAACUGAUCAAACACAUUUUCCAACUUUAUCUGGUCCAGGUUAUGGUGUUUAUAGAUUUGAAGCAUGGAAGACAAAAUUUAGUUUUACUCUUGCUACAAAUGGCAUAGAUAAGAAUUUCAAACCACGUGCAAACGCAGCAACACAUGAGAAAUUAGCAAUUAGUACCACCUCUGAUCGAAUUUGUUUUGGUGAUUCAAACAGAGACUUUAAACAAAUUGAUCAUGCAGGAAUAGCUAUAUGCUUUGAACAUCCAGUUUUACAUGCAUUCUUGUUGGAUAGAGUAGAAAGUGUGGAUAUUAAAAACCAUGUGGUAUUUGGUAAACAUCCAACUUUGGAUAUUACUACAAGUCCAAACAAGUUGAGAAAUUUGGACGUAAAUUGGGUAAUCACAAAAGAUAGUUCCUCUGUUUACUGGCCAGGUGCUCCCACAAUAGCUGAAAAAAAAGCUAAAGUAUCUACACCAUCAUCCAAAAACUAUCCACCUCAUCUUGAAAUACUCAACAUCAUUGAUAUCAUCGCAUCCAAAACUGGUGGUGCCACUAUAACUAUCCAAUCAAUUCAAUUAGUUCGAAAUCAAAUAUCAAUGUCUACUUUAGUAAAUUUAUCUAAUCUAUUACUAUCACAAAUCAUAUCAGAUAUUCAAGAUAAUGUAGAUAUAAUAUGUGAAUUUAAAAGAGGUCAACAACAACAGUACUCAUCGCUCAAAUAUCAGUAUUUAAAGUUGGAUAUUAAAAGUGUGUUCGAUCUAAGUGACUUGGGACUCGAAAACUUUGAAGAGCUUACAGAGUUGUGGGUCAAGAGUUAUUGUUUGACAAAUAUCGGAAUCUUUCCAAACAGUCUGACAUCACUUACUUUGGGAAAGAUAUAUAUGCCUCCACCAGACAUAUUCGCUUCAUUGACAUCACUUGUGACUCUCAAGAUCUAUCUCAUUUUGGACGAAGAUAUGGAGUCAUGUAUUGACCUUGAAGCUCUAGAGACAUUCGAGUUGGGUGGAGAGUGCUGGGAAUGUAUCGAGAUUAAAGUACCUCGUUCAAUCAAGAUUCUAAACAUCUUGGUCUACAUUGUACAAAGAGCAUCCACAUAUCCAAUGCCACGAUUGGAGAGAUUAAAAGUGCCACAAAGCGUAUUGAUCGAUGGAAGAGUCAUUCUGUCGUCGUCACCAUUACUCAAAAAACUAGUUAUAACUAAUUGUUAUCUCAUUUUGCCAGCCAACAUCGUCCCGUUGAGUCGAAAAGCUGACAAUCAAUCAAAUUGA